CCCUUUUCGAUAAGCCAAGCAACCAUGCCUGCCCAGAAAUUACUUUCCCCAGUCUUGAAAAAGGGGUAUGUCGACACCUCCCACGGCCAGAUUCACUACCGAUAUAUCUUUCCUUCCACCCAAACCACCAUACAAAAGGAACCAAUUAUCUUCUUACACAAGUCUGCUUCAUCAUCUGCAAGCUAUGAGUUACUCAUGCAAUACUAUGCAUCGCAAGGCUACGCAUGCUAUGCUCCGGACAUGCCCGGAUUCGGAGGGAGUUUCGACCCGUCGAAAGCCGCGAUAGCGGAGAUCGAAGAACAAGGGACGGUAUGGUAUUCCGCCACCUUCAUGCAAGCAUUUGAAGCUCUCGGACUCGCGGGCAAUGGGUGCACGACGCCAUGCCAUAUCAUCGGACACCAUUCCGGAGCAGUUCUCGCGGUCGAAUUUGCUGCCCGGUAUCCUGAGUUCGUGGCGACUAUUUGCCUUGUCGGGCCAACAGUGAUGUCGGUGGAAGAAAGAGCAGCGAUGAAGGAAAUAUUCUUCAAGCCAUUCAACGAACCGGCCCGGGAUGGAUCACAUUUGUUGAAGACCUGGGAGUAUCUCGGCAAUAUGGGGGUUGGUGAAGACAUCACGUUGUGGCAGAGGGAAGCAGUGGAUCAUAUUCGGGCAUGGAAAGGACGGAUGCUGAUUUACGGGGCAGUCUGGGCUCAGAAAAGCGAGGAUUUAUAUAAACAGGUCUCCUGUCCAAUCUUGCUGAUGUGUGCAAGAGACGAUGUUCUAUGGAGGUACUUUGGACAUGUCCAUGGUUUGAGAGAAGGAGUUCAAGCGAUUGAGAUUACUGGCGGCAAUUUUGAGCCGGAUAGAGAUGUAGAAGGCAUUGCGAAAGCUUUGUCUCCAUUUCUGACUAAAUACCAAUAG